AAGGAAUGUUAUACUCAUGUCGUACAAAAAUAUAACUAUAAUAAAACAGGUUAUAUGUGUAGAUUACUACCAAUUAAUAAUAUCAGUUAAUAACUGAUAUUCAAAUAUUGUUUGAAUUAAUGAUUAUGUAACUUUUGUAGUAACUGAAUAUACUGAUGAUUAGAAAAUAAAACCCUUUCAUAUAAUGAGACUGUUCAUAGCGCGCCAAAGCGACGGGCGUGUAUUGUAGAUCUCUCUAGCUCUGUUUAUGUUUUCAUUGUAUGUUUCGUGGGAAAAUAGUGGAGGGAUCAACUACAAGAAGAAGAAGGUCUAUAUGCACGCGCAUACACACAUGUGUACGGUAGAAGUCUAACUGUGUUCUGAUCUGCACUCGGAUGUAUUCUACUCUAUCAAAUCCAAUCCAAAGUACAGAGGUUGCAACGUUCUUUGUGUGACUGAAGUUGGGGUCAAAUGCAGCUGAAAUUAAAGAGCAGAGAUUCAGAAUUAAAUAAAAGCCAAGACUCACGAGACACUACAAAUAAGUUAAUCAGGGAAAGGCUUAGCUGUGGAUUUAGUGAAGUAUGGAUUUAGAUUCUGCACUCAAUGAACUGGGCAUGCUGAGUAUAGUGACAGAGAGCCGGAAAGAGUAUUUGAAAGAGCGAGUGUCACAGAAUGAAAACAAUAUGAACAAUGCUACAUCGUCAAUGCAACCGAGCUUCCAAAUCGUCAAAAUGAACACUCAGUUUGUCACAUGUGUAGGUUCCGUCUUAGCUAGUCAUGGCCGUCCAGUCAUAACAUCAAGCAGUAGCAGCAGCGUACAGAAUGGUGUGAUGGAAGCAGAGAAGAGUAGCAGUGCAUCCAAACCGUAUCCAUCCUUCCUUGUCAAUGAACAUCGUGUCGUAAGGACUCACAGGCCAACACGGCGCUGUCAGAGGAAGCCGUACGCUGUCCCUCAUGCGCACAGAUCAAGGACAUUGCGUUCACGGAAGUUGAAUACCAACCUGUCAACUAGUUUAGACGAUGAUGUUUUUUUAGAAGACCCGCAGACAGAUUGCAACGGGAACGGACGGAAGCUUCGCCGUCCCAGCAGUGAGGCAGCGGAUAAGGCAUCGUUGACUGUUCCUGACAUUCAACUUCACCGGUCAAAGUCUCUGGAUGAUAUUCACUUAGACCGCCUUCGCAUUGAUGAUGGACUCAGUCGACAUCGAAGCGAUGUUGAACUAGCCUCAAAGCUUAUUAGCAGUCUCAAGGUUUCUUGAGUAUUACCUAUUUUUUUUUUAUGAAAGGACUUGUUUUUUUUUAUAAUUUUGACAUGCAAUGCAGCAUGUAAGUGAGCGGUAUGCUCAGUCUUCAGUUUUUAUGAAUUUUGUUUUCAAUCUAUGGUUAUUUUGCAUUCCAGUGUUUGAAUUUAAACCAAAAAUGUUUAAUGUGUCUUAAUUUUUUAAAUACCAUUUUGCAGCAUGGCAGCAAUUUGUUAUACAUACAUGUACAUGUGCAAUGGCUCUUCAGGUUUUUUAUGACUCUCCAUAGUUGAUAUAUUCGCAUGUAGUUAUACAAAAUUAUAAAACUGAAAUAUUUCUUUUCAUAUCCUGUCAAUACUAAAGAAAUUCAUACUUACAGGUAAAAGCUCAGAGAGAUAUUGAGCUCUCUGUUUUUUACUUUUUGACAUAUAUGUUGCUGCAAAUUAUUUUUUAAUUAGGUUUUCCUGUAACUGAAACGUACAAAUGUUGGUGUACCGGUACUUAUAAGAUAACAGCAGCCUCAUAAAUCUUUUUAUUUUGGAUUGUUUGUGUAUUUGGAGAAACGACUUUGUCUUAAUUCUUUGAAUAUAGCUUUCAGCCACUCACACAUGGCCUGUUCAGACUAGACCAAAGACAAGAUAGAUAACAACAUCAUACGAAGAAACUAAUUUUUAAAAAUCAGUUGACAUGACAGCUGGCCAAUCAUCGGUUCACUCGCUCGAACGAUAAGCCUGUCCACUUAUGUAACGUACGUGUACGUACGAUAUGUUGUUCAAAAGAAAUCAUAACCCUGAUCUAUAUUUUAUUUGAAACGAUGCUCAAUGCUUUUCUCCAUACAACGUUUCUUUUUACAUUUCUUUACAAGAUACGUGGACUACAAGUAUCAUAUAGCUAUAAGAUUUUUGUAUUGCGAAAGGAAGAAUCAUGGAAGCCUGUACAGGGGUUAAUCAUGUUUGAGCAAUGAAACAAAGUUCACACCAUGUAAUGUUAAAAUGUACUGUACCUGAAAUAGUUAUGUUUUCACAAUUAUGAGCCCAAUAAAGAAUGCGAACAUGAUUUUAUACACA